UUUAUCUCCCUCGUGUUUUGAGAGAGGGAGCGGGAGAUAGAGUUGGAGAGGGGGGGGAGCGACUGUUUCCAACCAGAACCGCACGUUGUAUGCCAAGUCGCCCUACGGUGGCAUAUCGGCAGGGCUGUGUUAAACCGAAGACUCCGCUUGGCUUUGAAGAGCGCAGUAUGGUUUUGUCCCAUGAUCCUCAGACGCCAUCACCGAGAGGACAGUCGGACUUGACACGAGUAUUAAGACAUUCGGCAAAGUAUUAAUUUGAGAUUUAUGAAGGCCUAUUGCACAAUAGAGGGUCCUUUUUAGAGCCAGCAAGCCCACUCGACUCAACUCCAGCGCGCACACAGCGACUCAUUUGACUGUUUACGACUGGAGAGAUGGGCUGCCGGCUGCCCAAGCUGCGUAAGGCAGAGGAGAGGCAGAGCCCCGGAAAGAUCUACUCCACGCUCCGCCGGCCUCAGGUGGAGACCAAGGUGGGCGUGGCCUACACCUACCACUUCCUGGACUUCCUGCUGGGGAAAGAAGAGGUGGCGGUCUCCUCGGUGCUGUGCCUCUCCUCGGUGCGGGAGCUCCCGGUCCAGGUGCGGGAGCUUUACGCCCAGGGCUUCGUCCUGGUGGCCCUGCACCCCUUCGUCCACCCCUGCGGCCCCCGCCACGCCCGCAUCCAGCGCCAGCUCCACCGCGCCGUGUUGCUACGGGAGACGCCCCAGAGCUCAGAGAAGAGCCAGCUGAAGUGGGCGGGGCAUCACCUGGAAACAGACGUGUGUGUGUCGGGUCAGCAGGCACCCGACCCAGAAGCGAUCCAGAACUACGUGAAGAAGAUCCAGGACGUCUCCGACCAGGGCGUGACGUUCGUGGGCUUCCUCCAGCAGCCCGGCGGGGGGCCCUGCUUCCUGGGGCCCUGGGACCCCGAGGACCUGUCCUCGCUGCACUCUAGCCCCUCCCCCAUCCACCGCCACGCCUUCAGCUCCGGCAGCAGCCCCUCGGACCCCGCCCAGCCGUCCCGGGACGCCUCGGACCCCGAGCGCACGCCGUCGGACCAGGCCGGGACGAGCCCAGAGGACCCUGGGGGCCCGACGGGCGACCCGGACUACGACCCGUCCUGCCCCGUCCCGGGACAGAACUGUAGGCCCGCCCCGGAGGAGGAGCUCCGCGCGGCCGUCCCCCACGACCCCACCCACUCAACGACGAUACCUCAAGACCCCCGCCGGGCGCACCCCGACAAGGAGGGCGCCGGGGGGCCGACACACAUCUGCGGGGAGGUGCUGAGGGCCUCCAGGGGCCUCUGCCCGCUCGCCUCUGCCGAGUCCCCGGACCCUGGCCCUCCAGGGGACCACUACAGCCCCCCCGGGGCCGGGAGGAGGAGAGCGGAGGGCCGGCUAGCGGACCCCGCGGACACACACCCGGGCUCCCCUCUGCUGGAGCCCGGGGCCCCCGAGGAGAACGGUAACCUGGGUUACCGGGAGGGUCAGGACCACGAGCGCGUGGAGGCCAGCCUCAACAACAACAACCACGUGUGGAACACCAAGAGCUCGGAGGAGAAGGCUGCGGACCCGCUGCCCCCGGUGGGGGCCCACACGCUGGGACGGACCCAGCUCUUUGCGCUGUACAACCACACGGGGGAGCUGGAGAACUCGUCCAGGUUCUACUCCCUCAGGGUGCCACUCUGCAUACAGAAGGAGGCGGGGCUAACCACCGAGGUCGACGCCCACUGGCUGGACCACAUGACCCAGCACUUCACAAGCGGCGCUCGCCUCAUCGACGGCUUCUUCCACCUCGCCGACGACAACGACAGCGGGAUAUCGUCCGUGGACAGUGUGUUCAUCUUCCAGAGCCCCGCCGAGGAAAGCACGGCCACCUCCUACGACGCCAUCGUGGUGGAACAGUGGACGGUGGUGGAUGGUGUCGUGGUGAGGACGGACUACAUCCCCCUGCUCCAAUCCCUGGCUCCCUACGGUUGGAGGCUGAUGUGUGUGUUGCCAACACCUGUUGUCAGGACAAACAGCGACGGCAGUUUGUCAACCAAGCAGAUCCUGUUCCUUCAGAGGCCCACGCUGCAGCGCAAGAGGAAAGACUUCAAGACAAAGAGUCCAUGCCUGCGUGCCCUACCAGGGACCCAGGCAUCAAGGAGGUUCUUCUGUCGUAUGUCUAAUGCUGAACCUGCGAGGUCGCAGCAAGGCCAGGAAAAGCUACAGCAGCGAGACGCCCGAGAAGGAGCGGGAGAGCGCCUCCCCCGUCUCAGAGAGCGAGGUGGACGAGCUGCUGGGCAACACCAGAGAGGAGGAGGACGAGGAGGAGGAAGGAGGGUUAAUGGUGGAGGAAGAGGAGCGGGAGGAGAAGAGGUGCCAGGGAGCAGGCACCUGGGGAGGUGAGGAGGCGAUAAUGAAGGAGGCGGAACUCCAAACAGAUUCUUCGCCACCGCUGUCAGAGGGAGGAGGCGUUUCCGACGGCAACCAGGAAGAGGAGUGCGCCGAGGUGGAUUGGGCCUCGACGGCCAAGCAGGAGAAGAGUGUGAGAUGGACGGACGUGUGUCAGAGGGCGGACAGUGGGCUCGAGGAGGAGAUGAAGGAUAGGAUCAAACCCCAACUGAGCGAGAGAGCGCUCUUCUCUGGGGUUUGCUGAAGUAAAACCAAGGGACCCGAGUGGGAUUUUAAAAUGGUUGAGCCCUUUCAAAAAAAGUAUUAAUUGGAGUUAUGUUCGGUGGAUUAUAUUAUCUGUGGCCAUUGCCAGUAUGAUGUUUCUGUAGUGCUGUGGCUAAUGUCUUAAAUCUGGCCCGCGUAGAGUGUUAGCACAUGAGCCUUUAUUUGAGGUUGUAGCCCAUUAGCUCCCUGUAUAUGGUAAUUACUGUUUCACCGCUUUGGGUCAAUGUUGCUCAUUUUAAAUCCCACUCCUUUGAGGAGUAUCUGGUUGCCACACACUAAAGUAAAGCAGGUUUCCUGCCCAAGCCUUAACUUUUCUGUUCUUCAAAUCCCUGUCGUUUAACCUUAUCUAGGACCGUACAAACAUAAGGGAGUAAUGAUGUCACAGGAAUCAUAUUUUUAUAUGUGAAGCAUAUUAUUAAGAAAGGAAAAAACACUAAAUCAGACGAAAUGUGGAAACAGUGGAUGUGAGUUUAUUGGCGUCGGUGAAGUAAUAAAUUGAUUUCCGGCUAAGGUUAGGUUGGCUGAGUGAACUAGAUAUAAACCGAUUCUUUUUUUGUAUCGCCUAUUUCCCCGAGCACCUGUGUUAUGUGUAAGUGGUGUGAUGGUACCAUCUUUAAAUAGAGGCACAGGUGUCAAAUAAAUCAUCCUUGACGGAAAAAAA